AACAACUCCAUAUUGCUGGGACAGUGGCCUUUGGAUGCAAGGACUUUACUGAGUGAGAGGGACUUUGAAGCUGUGCACCUGUGUCGAUGAACACCCCCCAGAUGAAAAACUGCAGCUGAAAAGGAUGAAAGCAGUAAAGGCACAUAUUAAAGCAGCAACAAGAGAAACAAACCCAGAGAGUUGAAGGAUGAUGCAGAGGGGUGAAGUUAUUAGGAGCUACCCUGAAGCUGCACUUGGAUUGACUGUGGGGCACCAGUCAGAGCCAACACGCCUUGAGAAAACAGAAGGUUUUACUGCAAGUGAAGACUAUGGUACAGACCUCUUUGAAAACAAGCUCAGUGUGGAGGAUUUUGUGAAGAUACAACAGGUCUUUGAGUCCCAAGAUCCGAGUCAAACCAUUUGUAUGCCCAGAGAAGAAUUUGUACAGAAGAUGGCAGAAACUGUGGGUUGGGGCACAAAGGAAGAGUAUGGAGAACUCUUUGACAAAGUGGAUGUGGCCCGGGAUGGCUUCAUUGACUGGGACAAGCUGACUUCAUUUAUACUGUUAUUGCUUUAUGAGAGAGAUGAACGAGCAAAGGCAACAGUCGUUCCCCAAUGGAAGGACCUUGAAUUCCUCCCAGGAAAACACAAGGACACCAUUCAGAAAGUAGUUUUCUUAAAAAGUUCAAGUCGUUACUUAACUGUUAGCAAGGAAGGAUUACUAGGAAUCUGGGGAGAAAACUUAAAGUUGCAAGAAUCACUUCCUAUCACUUCAGAUGCCAUCAAACUCAAACACCUGUGGGUGACAAGUUUGGUUUCCCUGGAAAAUGUUAACAAGAUAGCAGUGGCUUUUACAAGCAGAGAGAUUUGUUUUUAUGAUCUACUGUCCAAAGAAGAAUUUCCUUGUCAAUACAAACUCCAAGGUCUGCAAGGAGCUCCCAUCUGCAUGGAUUAUUGGUAUGAUCCUAUUGAUCCCAAAGACUCAAUCCUUUCUUUUGGAGAUAUAACUGGAAAGGUUCAAGCAGUUGCUUUCACAGCAGCCAUGAUUUCCCUUUUUGAGCGUCCUGCUAAUGCAUGUGAUAAUGAAGAAGCCACCAUGACCAUUGACUGGGCAGAGCUGGUCUCUGGAUGUCACAAAUGUUGUCAUGUAUUGCAGCACACACUUCAUCAUGGAGACUGGGUCCGGCAAGUUACUUACAAUGCUUCUUUAGAUGCAUUCAUUUCCAGUACAAUGAGUGGUAUAAAUACUGUGGUGUUGGCAUGGAGAGAGAAGUCAAAAAAACUCCUUAAAAUGACAUCUUUCAACAUUGCCCAGGGCAUUCACGCUUUUGAUUACCACUCUCGGCUCAAUUUAAUUGCAACGGCUGGCAUAAACAAUAAAGUUUGCCUUUGGAAUCCCUAUGUCCUGUCUAAACCAGUUGGUGUUCUAUGGGGUCAUUCAGCCAGUGUCAUAGCAGUUCAAUUCUUUGCUGAGAGAAAACAACUUUUCAGCUUCUCCAGGGAUAAAGUUUUGAGACUCUGGGAUAUUCAGCAUCAACUGUCCAUUCAAAGGAUAACCUGUUCUUUCCCCAAAAGUCAGGACUUCAGGUGUCUUUUCCAAUUUGAUGAAACCCAUGGACGACUUUUUAUUUCCUUCAAUAAUCAGCUUGCUUUAUUGGCCAUAAAAAAUGAAGCCAGCAAAAGGGUGAAGAGCCAUCUAAAAGCAGUCAGUUGUGUUCUUUACAAUUCCCUCCUGAAACAGGUAAUCAGCUCUGAUGUGGGUUCUACUGUGUCCUUCUGGAUGAUAGAAACUGGGCAGAAAAUCAAACAGUUUGCUGGUUGUCAUGGCAAUGCAGAGAUCAGCACCAUGGCCUUGGAUGCAAAUAAGACACGGCUUUUGACUGGCAGUACAGAUGGAACUGUAAAGGUAUGGGACUUCAACGGAUAUUGUCACUAUACUCUUAAUGUUGGGCAAGAUGGAGUUGUGGACAUUUCACAGAUCCUGGUACUUAAGAAGACCAUCCUGGUUGUAGGCUGGGAGAGAGCACUUAUUGUAUUUCGACCUCAGAACUUUAAUCAGUUUUUCAUCCAGUCUGAAGAGUGGAAAGGGGGUGUCCAUCACCAAGAUGACAUCUUGUGUGCUGCAUUUUCACCCCCACAAACUCUUGUUACAGGGAGCUAUGAUGGAGAAAUUGUUCUGUGGAAUAACAACACAGAAAAUGCUCACCAUGCGCUUCACCCUGGCUACCAGAGACAGCUAACAUCCAUGGUAGAUGUAGAAGCCCAAAAGCUCAAUUCCAGGAGAAGCUGUGAAAGUCAUGGUGUGGCAGACCAGGCCACCCAGGCUGCCCGAAAUGUAAAGAUUGACACAGAAGGUAAUAAUGCUGUUAUGAGGCUUUGCUUCCUUGAAGCAAGGAAAACCAAAGCAGCCACAGGAGGGGCUAACCUGGUGUCAUGUGGAGCAUCUGGUUAUGUCAGGUUUUGGGAUACAUUUAAGAAAGUACUUCUGGCUGAAUUUUUGGCUCAUGCUGGUGUUGGAUCCAUCAUUAUGUCUACUGAUAAACUGAAUCAAUACCUUGCCACUGGAGAUUCUGAUGGAUGGUUGAAAAUCUGGAACAUAGAGGAGUAUUGUACUAAUUCCACUGAGAGCAAAAUCACCCAGCCUCCACCUUUGCUCAGAUCAUCUCAACCUCAUGAGGACCGGAUAAGUUCCUUGGAGAUGUGUGAGUCCUGUGGUCGUCUGCUCAUCAUCUCCUCCUCUGCAGACUGCAGUGUCUGUGUGACUGGACUUUCCAGUGCUCCUGCCUUGAUCUUUGGUCAGGCAAGCCACUGGAAUAUUGAAAACCACUUUUCUCUUCCUGAACGGGAUACUAAUUUAAUAGAAAGUAAGAAUCAAGAGGAAAGAAUGAAAGUAAACCCUUUAUUUUCUAAAGAGGAGUUGUGCUUAGACUCAACAGAACAUUCUCUACUUACUGAGGAAGAUGAAGACAACUCGACACACCUAUCAACAGAAGAAAUGAAUUUCAGUCUGAAAUAUAAGAGGAGAAAUAGCCUUAAGAAAAAAGCAUAUAAACCUUGCUAUGGUGAAAUUAUACAAACAUCAACCAGCACGUUUGGGUCCUUAUGCCUUAGAACCCUGAAAGAGCUGCCUGAAGUGAAGAAACCUGCAUUUCUUCUAGACCCAGACAAAUACUUUAAGGAAGGGCCGGAAGAGGAUGUAUCCCAAAUUCCAGAGCUUCCUCUGCUCUCUGAAACUUUGAAAGCUGUAUUUGAUGAGAAAAGCCUAUUCCCCAAAGAACUUCUCUAUCGUGAAAGACAAGACAAGUCCCUGUGUCAAGAAACAAAUGGUGAAAUGAAGAUAAAGCAAAACAAGAAGCAAUUGUGAUAAAAUAACAAACACACUACUGUUACAGAGCACUCUAAAGGAUGCUGAGAAGAAACUAGGACCACACUUCUGUUACUUUAAGUGUGAACUUCAAGAAACAUUGUCUUCAGACUGCGUGUUUGUUCCGAGUUCAUUCAUACUUCCCAGUCUUGUUUAAUCCAAGAAGGAACAUAAAAAAGAUUGGUCUAAAGAAGAGUGAUGUCAAUUGGUAUAGUCUAUUUCAGAAGAAAGUAAUUACCUAGUUGUCCUUAUAAUUGUCCCUGUAGUCAAACACUUAUAAUUUUUAAUAAAAUCUUUAUUUAAGCAUGUAAAGGACUAACCAAUUGAUAAAAUUUCAUUUAAAAUUAUCUAUUUCUGCGCUCCUUUCCUUUAAAAUUUGGUUUUCCACAACAAUUCUGAUACUGAUAAUUAGAUAUUGAUUACAGCACAAUAUCUUAUUCUUUUUAAGAAUACAUUUAUUUUAGCUGUACAAAUUUAUGGUGUAUAAUGUUAAAUUUUGGUAUACACAUUAAAAUGUGUAUUAAUUGGGAUUAUGAACAUUUACAAACCAUUAAACAUUCUCAUGUAUUUUUAAUUAACAUGUGAUCAUUGCACAAAUUGAUAUGUAUGUAGUGGGGUUAAUAUUUCAACACAUAUAUCUAAUAUGUAGUAGUUAAGCCAGAAUAAUUGCUAUUUCCUAGUAAUUAUUUUAGAGUUAUGCUCAUUAUUUUUAUGCAAACUUUUCUUUAUGUACAUCAUCUUCCAAGAAACCAAUAUUAUUGAGUUGUUUUUUGUUAUGUCCUUCAUUAAGAAUUAAUUAUGUCAUUUCUAUGGGUUCAGUUUAUUUGUAUAUGCUUAUAUUUUAAAGAGGCCUUUAAAAAUAGUUGGACUUUAAAACACUUGCAAUAACACUUUAGUAAAUUACUAAUAUGUAGUGGAUGAUUUGAUUCACAACAAAAGCAUUCAAUCUAUUUAAAUGUCAUAUGCAUUCAUUUAAAAUUUGUCUAUUUUAAUAAUGAAAUGUGACAUAUUGUUCCAAUAUGAGAUUGUCUAGUAAUAAAAUAUCGGUGUUGGGAUUACA